GUAAGUGCAUGCAUGGCACUCGUCGUGCUCGUAAGACUAGCUCUGUGGCUUCUAGGCUCCUGCCUGGAGCUUGCCGCCCUAGUGCUCUUCCGGGGCCUGGCUCUCCUCGUCGUCGCCGCCGUGGACCUGGUCAGGCUGCCGGGGCAGGCGGCAGAUGCGGCGCUCGACGCGACCAAGGGCGUGCUUGAAGCGGCGGUCGAGUUCGUGUUCAACCUAAUCUGGGACGUGGCGGUGGCCGUCGUCUCGGCAUUUCUCGAGUCGCUUUGGAGCGUGGUGGCCGGCACGACCGAGUUCGCAGCGUCUACGGUUGUGGAGCUCAUGGAGGCAGCGCGGGACGGCAGUGAGGAGGCGGCGAAGGCGCUCACGGAGGCGCUGGAGGGCGCGGCGGAUGCGGUGGCCGGGACGCUGGUGAAGCUCGCGGAGAACUACACUGAUGCUCUUGUCCACCUCUUGCAAAAUCUCAUCUGAUGGUUCGACAUAAUGCAUAUGCCAGGCAACUCAUGUAUUGUACAUAGACUAGUAAGUUGCACAUGCUUUGCACGCUAGUCGCUAACAUAUAAAGACGACACCCUAGUAAUCCAUCA